AUGAAAACGCAUACCUAUGGAGAAAAACCGGGAAACCAACCAAUCGUGGAAACCUGUUUAAAGGGUCAAUUGUUGCUGAACCAUCCUUUGCUUAACAAAGGCUCAGCCUUUUCAAAGGAAGAGCGUGAUCAAUUUGAGCUGGCUAGCUUGUUACCAUAUACACAUUCUUCAUUGGAAGAUCAAACGGCCCGCAUCGAAGAGCAGUACAAGCAACUGAAAAGUCCCAUUGUCAAAAAUCAGUUCCUGCAAAGUGUCCAGCAGCAAAAUGAAGUGUUGUUUUAUGAUUUUAUUUUACGCAAUUUAGAAGAAGUGUUACCGAUCAUUUAUACACCCACCGAAGGAGAGUUCAUUGAAAGCUAUUCCCAUGUAUUUCGACGACCUCGCGGUAUUUAUCUAAACUACCCGGAAGCCGACGAACUUGAAACUGUGUUGCUUGAAGGCGCUACUCAAAACGGACUUCAGCCAGACGAUAUUGACCUGAUUUUGGUGACGGACAGUCAGGAGAUCCUUGGCAUCGGUGACCAAGGUGUAGGUGGCGUGGCGAUCUCGGUGGCUAAGCUCAUCCUUUACACCACCAUGGCCGGAAUCCAUCCUGCACGCGUACUGCCUGUGGUGUUGGAUGUUGGUACGGAUAAUGAAAACUUGCUCAAGGAUCCACUCUACCUUGGCUGGCGUCACAAACGUGUGCAAGGGUCGGACUACGACGAAUUUGUCGAUACUUUUGCCAAAUGCGUGCAGAAGAAUUUCAAAAAGGCCUUUUUACACUGGGAGGACUUUGGCGUGACGAAUGCCCGUCGACUGCUUCAGAAAUAUCGUCCAUCGAUGUCGACCUUUAACGACGACGUGCAAGGAACAGGUGCCAUUACGUUGGCUACGCUUUUGGCCGCUUUAAAAGUCAAAGAAGAAGAGUUGCAAGACCAAAAAAUCGUCAUCUAUGGCGCUGGUACAGCCGGUAUCGGUGUGGCAGAUCAGCUCAGAAGUUACAUGCAGUACAAGUAUGACAUCAGCGCUGAAGAAGCGGCGAAAAAGAUUUGGUGUGUUGACAAGCCGGGAUUACUGAACGACGCGAUUAAGGAUGAUGAAUAUAAAUUGUCGGAUGUUCAGCAACCAUACGUGCGUCCCAAAAAGGAAAUAGAACAAUGGGAAUUGGAGUCCAAAGACAAGCAUCCGCAACUGUACGAUGUCGUAAAGAAUGCUCAGCCUACCGUUCUCAUUGGCGUUUCAACCCAAGGCGGCGCUUUCAAUGAAAAGACGGUUCGCGAAAUGGCCGAGCAUUGUCCCAGCGGUCCUGUCAUCUUCCCAUUGUCCAAUCCCACGCGAUUGGCGGAAGCCACCCCCAAAGACCUGUUCCAAUGGACCGACGGGAAUGUAUUGGUUGCGACCGGUUCUCCGUUUGAUCCUGUGCACUAUGGAGACAAGGAAUACCAGAUUGCAGAGUGUAAUAAUUCAUUUGUUUAUCCUGGGAUUGGGUUGGGCUGCAUUGUGUCCCGUGCCAAACACUGCACGGACGAGAUGAUAAUGGUCGCAGCUGAAGCCGUCAGCAAUGGAUCUCCUGCAUGCAAGUCCAAAAAACGCACCAAUAGUCUUCUCCCUGGUAUUGAGGAGGCGCGCCAAGUCAGUAUGCGAGUCGCGAUUGCAGUUGCUAACAAGGCCAUCGAGCUCGGUGAAGCACGAAACAACAUCGACCCGGACGACAUGGAAAAGACCGUACGCGAUUUCAUGUGGGAUCCGAAGUAUCCAGAUUACAAAUUAAUGAAAGCUUAA